UUCCUGCCAGGGCCCGCGCGGCUGAACCCCGCACAGAAGUUAUACACGAUACAAACACGAGCACCAUUUUCUACCAAGCUCUCGUAUACAACGUUGGUCAUGCAGCUGGCUCGCAGCGCACUGCAGCCGACACGAGCCUGGACUAGUGCCGUGACCAGCCGCGCCCCCGCACGCUCGUUUGCGCCCACCCUACUGCGUGGCCUGCUGCCUCCCGCUGCUCCCACUGCCGCAAAAAUGUCUCCAAAGACUCGCUCCGGCGUGGCAGACUCUGAGGUCGGCCCUGGUGAGCUUCCUGAUGACGCACGGAAGUAUGGAAGCGGCCACCCGUUCACUCAGAGCGCACAGGACAAACAGGGCAUGGUGACUGGCUGCGACGAGGUGAAGCCGGGCGAGGAUCCGCCGGCGGCCAUGUUGCGGCUGGCGCACGAGGUAGCGGAGCAGGGCGUGGAGCCGCAGGGGCAGCGCCAGCAGCAGCAGCAACAUGGAGGCGGCGGCGUGGGAGGAGCACGGGGAGACAACAGGCAAAUGAUGGCGCAGGAGGGCUCGGCCGCGGCCACGGGCGGCUACAGCGAGGGCGACUGAGGACUUGGGGGCGCCACUGCGCCAGGCGCGUGAUGUAGGGCGUGUGAGGAAAGGGGCACGCUGUGCCGCUGCAUGGGGUCCGGGCGGUGAUUUUGCGCUACCACGAGGCCACCCAAUGCAGCAGAUGGAGUAUCGUAGCAUGGUUGGC